AAGACGUGGAGGUACCUGAGGAGUUGAAGACAAUGUUGCUUCUGCCCCCACGACGGAGGAAGUCAUCUGGGAGGCGUAAGACAAAUCGAAUUCCCUUCGUUGGAGAAAUGCCUAUUACUCGGGUGAAGAAAGACAAACCAAAUAAGUGUUCAAAAUGUUUCCAGCCUGGGCAUAACCGAUUAAGUUGCCUGAAAGGGGAG